AUGCAGAUCUUCGGCAUAAGAGAUAAACCACCUGUCUAUGCCGGUAUAGCCACCGUAUCCAUCAUGAUCCUCACCGGUUUAACCCUCGCUGCUACGGCCGUGGCGUUAACCGUCAUGCUGCCGUUUUUUUUAGUUCUUAGCCCGAUUCUCAUACCAGCAGUUAUCACUUCGAGUUUCUUGGCCACGGGAUUCUUAGCUUCUGGUAGCCUCGGAGCAUCGGCGAUCGCCCUCAUUGUCUGGCUCUACAAGAAAGAAGAGCAUUCCAAAUAUACUCAGCUUGCACGAGAAAUUCAGCCUGAGGGUGCUAACAAGCUAUCGGGAGGACUUAAGCUACCAGAGGAAGACAAGCCUUUUGAAGGAUAUAAACUAGCGGAGGAAGAUAAGCCUCUUGAAGGAGAUAAACUGACGGAGGAAAAUAAGCCGCCGAGAAAAUAUAACCCGGUGGAGGAAGACAAGCCGUCAGAAAAAGAUCACAUAUCGUUGGCUAUAGAUAAGCCAUCGGAGGAAGAUAAGCCGCCAAGAAAAGAUGACACCGCGGAGGAAGGCAAGACGUCAGAAAAAGAUCACAAACUGUCGGAAAUAAAUAAGCCAUCGGUGGAAGAUAAGCCACCAAGAAAAGAUGACACGGCGGAGGAAGGCAAGACGUCAGAAAAAGAUCACAAACUGUCGGAAAUAGAUAAGCCAUCGGAGGAAGAUAAGCCACUAGGAGGAGCAAAACAUAGGGAGGAAGCGCCACCAAUCCCUGAGAUAUCAAAGGUGCUAUUGAUGUUCAACUUUUUCGUUUGA